GAACCGAGCGCCCGAGGACUUCAGUUUCGUUCGGUUGGCUGAUGGUUGCGGACGUUACACGCGUUCUUUCCCCCUUAAUCAGACAACGCACAGUCAUUUUCCAUCAGUCUGACUUGCCUAAAUCUUUGAUUAGACCUAUUCCCAAUUCGAUGCAGAAAAUAUUGUGAACAUCUUUCCAUCACCGUUCCGGAUUACUUCAGAAAUUGCACUUCAGUACGUUUGGAAAGCAGAAGAAAAAGUCUCAAAACACACCAUAGUGGAUCAAAUAAACAGCAAAAAAAAAAAAAAAGACCAGAGAUCGGGAAUUCCACUAACUCGGACAAUGGCGCUCGUUGACAAUUUCCUCGGCAACCAGCAGCACGGCAGUUCCCGCCUGAUGAUGAUUCAGGCUCGAUUCCAGCAACGGCAACAGGAGGAGAAAGAGCACAAGUUGUUCGCCAUGUUGGAGGAGCAGCACGACCCGGGCAGUGGAGAUGUAGGAGGUGGCCUCGGUUUGAUACCGGCUACCCGAACGCAUAGUAACGGGAGCAAUAACAGCCAACACAAUAGUGCUAGUAGCAAUGCUUCUCUGUCGUCGUCCAUUGGUUCUUCGCUCGCCUCCUCCCUAGGAUCUACUGGAAGCGGAAUGACAGUUCCUGGAGGUGGAAAGGUGAGACAGAUGUUUGAAGAACGUCGCAGUCAAAUAAACGGCAGGCCACCGGUUUAUGCGAAAAAUGUGGAAACCCGUAAAGCCAUACCUGUAACCACAAGAGGCUGGGACAGAUCCCAUCCUCUGGAUCCUUUGCCGUCUAACGCACACGAGAGGAAUCUUAAGGUGCCCACCGGUAGCCAACAGCAACAACGCAGUCGAGCGCGCGGCGUCAGCCUGGAGCGCGGAGCACACGCUUUCGAUGACGGUAAAUCGGACGGCAUUCGCCGCAGCAAGAGCCAGUACCAAGUGGAUGACGCUCCAGGAGGGAUUAUUCGCAGUCCCAAACGGCCGCCACCGUCCGAUGGCCAACACUUGCUGAACGUUUCUGGCACGCUGAAACCGAAGAGUAUGACGUCGCUAUUGGACGACAAUCAGAACGCCAUCAACAACCAUCCAAGUAGCAAAACUAUUCCGAGAUUCGGUUACAAUCAGUCGCCCGUACGUAACCCUUCUCUCCGUUACCAGCAGGCCUCUCGAGACGAUACUCUGGGUGGCAGCGAUCAAGAUCGGACGGAUGGCUCGCGUAAUCGAAGUAAAAGCCAACAGAACGAUGAAUAUAGGAGAGCUGACCGGAUGGACGAUUCUGCCCGACUAGCUGCCAGUCAGGCAGCUGCGGUCAUGGCAGCUGCGGCCGAAACGACCCGCAGAUUAGAGCGCGAGAAAGCCCAAAUUCAGGCUGGAAGCCAAAAGACGCGAAGAAGAGCUGAUGAAUACAAUCAGAAAACAACAAGAGCAACUUCAGUUACUAAAGCAGGCCGCUUCUUUGGCUGAACAGAAAGCUAAGGCAGCAACUGCAGUUCCGGCCGCAGCUUCAGUUUCACGGUCUUCGCGUCCGAUGAAGAACUCUUAUCGACCAGCAGAUGAGAGCAGUGAUGAUUCAAAAUCAAGCGUUUCGGACGACGCGGUCCUUUCACCGCCC